GCGCCCCGCUCGGCAGCUGCGGCGGCGGCUGGUGUGGGCGCUCACGUCAGGGCUGGGGAGGAGGAGGCUCGCGGCGAAGAGUGAGAGAGACAUGAGGCAGCCGGGCAGGAAGCGAGAAAGAGUUCGGUGGAGAAGGAGAGAGUUUUAGAGACGCCGGAGAACAGGACCCGGGUCCGCGGGAGAGCGUGGCCGCCCGGCUCCUCGUCUGCUCCGCGCGCUCUCCGGUGUCCGCUUUCAGCACCCCGAGCGGAGAACAGCUCCCGGCAGCCCGCAGCCUGCCAAGGGCCUCGGGCGGGCUACCUGGAGCCUCACCCCGGCUCAGGGGCACCCUGUGCGAACCCGGUGUGCACGCCUUUUCCUCCCCUCUGCUGGCGUGCGAGGAAACACGGGGAAAGCAUCCGGCGGCCUCGGGAAGCCCUGAAGAAGUCCAAGCAGAAUGUACCAGGGACACAUGCAGAAAAGUAAAGAAAAAGGAUAUGGAAAACUAAGCAGUGAUGAAGACCUCGAGAUAAUUGUUGAUCAAAAGCAGGGAAAAGGCUCUAGGGCGGCAGAUAAGGCUGUUGCCAUGGUGAUGAAGGAGAUACCGAGGGAGGAGUCUGCUGAAGAAAAGCCCCUCCUUACUAUGACAUCACAGCUGGUGAACGAACAGCAAGAAAGCAGACCCCUCCUGAGUCCCUCCAUCGAUGACUUUCUCUGUGAAACCAAAUCGGAGGCAAUAGCAAGGCCAGUAACGUCCAACACAGCUGUGUUGACCACAGGCUUAGACCUCCUCGACCUGAGUGAACCCGUCUCGCAAACUCAAACCAAAGCCAAGAAGCUGGAGGCCUCAUCGAAAACCGCAUCCCUCAAGAAGAAGGCUGAUGGAGCUGAUCUCAUCGGGGCGGAGGCUGAACAGAGAGGCCAGCAGCCUCUUCGAGGCCCGGAGACGGCAUCCUUAGAUUUAGACAUUCAAACACAACUGGAAAAAUGGGACGAUGUUAAGUUUCAUGGAGAUCGCAGUAGCAAGGGUCAUCCAAUGGCAGAGAGAAAAUCAUGCUCUUCUAGAACUGGAUCAAAAGAACUCUUAUGGUCCUCCGAGCACAGAUCCCAGCCUGAACUGAGUGCUGGGAAAAGCGCCCUGAACGCCGAGUCCGCUUCAGAGCUGGAAUUAGUGCCUCCAACACAGGCUCGACUGACCAAAGAACAGCGCUGGGGAAGUGCAUUACUCUCCAGAAACCACUCCUUAGAAGAGGAAUUUGAAAGGGCAAAAGCAGCAGUGGAGUCAGAUACAGAGUUUUGGGAUAAGAUGCAAGCAGAAUGGGAAGAAAUGGCCCGGAGGAACUGGAUAUCCGAGAACCAAGAAGCCCAGAACCAAGUUACAAUUUCAGCUAGCGAGAAGGGCUAUUACUUCCACACUGAAAACCCCUUCAAGGACUGGCCAGGCGCAUUUGAAGAAGGCUUAAAGAGGCUGAAGGAAGGGGACCUCCCAGUCACCAUCCUGUUCAUGGAGGCCGCAAUUCUUCAGGACCCGGGAGAUGCAGAGGCAUGGCAGUUCCUCGGGAUAACUCAGGCAGAGAAUGAAAACGAGCAAGCAGCUAUUGUCGCCCUCCAGAGGUGCUUAGAAUUGCAGCCCAACAACUUGAAAGCUUUGAUGGCUUUGGCCGUGAGUUACACGAACACGGGCCAUCAGCAGGAUGCCUGUGACGCGCUGAAGAACUGGAUUAAGCAAAACCCAAAGUACAAAUACCUUGUGAAGAGCAAGAAGGGAUCGCCAGGCCUCGCCAGGAGGAUGUCUAAGUCUCCGGUGGAUAGCUCUGUUCUGGAAGGCGUGAAGGAAUUAUAUCUGGAAGCUGCCCACCAAAAUGGAGAUACGAUCGACCCAGACCUGCAGACAGGUCUAGGGGUGCUGUUCCACCUGAGCGGAGAAUUUAAUAGAGCAAUAGAUGCAUUUAAUGCCGCCUUAACUGUUCGGCCAGAGGACUAUUCGUUAUGGAACCGUCUCGGGGCGACCUUGGCGAAUGGAGACCGCAGCGAGGAAGCCGUGGAGGCCUACACGCGGGCACUGGAGAUCCAGCCCGGCUUCAUCCGCUCCAGAUACAACCUGGGCAUCAGCUGCAUCAACCUGGGCGCCUACAGAGAAGCGGUCAGCAAUUUUCUCACUGCCCUCAGUCUGCAGAGGAAAAGCCGGAAUCAACAGCAAGUUCCUCAUCCUGCCAUCUCCGGGAACAUCUGGGCUGCCCUCAGAAUCGCACUGUCUCUGAUGGACCAGCCAGAACUCUUCCAGGCGGCCAAUCUCGGUGACCUGGAUGUCCUCCUAAGAGCUUUCAAUUUGGAUCCUUGA